AUGCCCCCCCGCCCCCCGCGCCACCUGCCCCUCAACUGGAAGGCCCCCAAGCCCCACCUCGCCGCCUACCACCCCCCGUCUCCCGCCAUCAACUCGGCCGCACCCCAGUUCAACCCCCCCGUCUCUCCCCAGCUCCCCCCCAGGCGCCAGCCAGCAUUCAGCCCAGGAGGAUUCGGCCUACAAUCAAAGCCUGCUGCCGCCCCCUCGCCGCAAUCAUGGGGCAAGGGCAAAGAAAGAGAAGCCGAAAUUGACGAAAUCCAGAGGAAAGAUGAUGCUAUUCGAAGAGAAGAGGAGAUGCUGGAAGGCAAGCAGCCAAAAGAAGGUAGAGAAGAGGCAGAAGCUUGCUAUGUUCCCCCACCAGCGACCAUCGCCUACACCUCGUCUGAACCCCUGCCCCUUCUCUACUCCCCCACUCCCCUUCCUCCCUUCACAGUGGCCUACGAAACGUGGGGUACUUUGAACGCCGACGCCUCUAAUGCCAUUCUGUUGCAUACCGGUCUCUCUGCCUCCUCCCAUGUCGCUUCAAACGGCAAUGACGUCGCUCCUUCCACCUCGUCCAAACCCGGAUGGUGGCAGGACUUUGUCGGACCGGGCAAGAGUAUCGAUACCGACAAGUUUUUUGUCAUCUGUACCAAUGUCCUUGGCGGGUGUUUCGGAUCUACUGGUCCCAGCUCGCCUUACCCACCAGGAGACGGCGUCACGCGCUGGGCGACUCGGUUCCCGUUGUUGAGUGUGCACGACAUGGUGCGCGCGCAGCUCUCGUUGCUGGACCAUUUGGGGAUCCAAAAGCUGUAUGCUAGUAUAGGGAGCAGUAUGGGAGGAAUGCAGAGUUUGAGUUUGGGGUAUCUGGCGCCGGAGAGGGUGGGCAGGAUUGCGAGCAUCUCGGCGUGUGGCAGGAGUGGGCUGAAUGGAGUCGGCAUGAGGUAUGCUCAGAGAAGUGUCCUUAUGGCCGACCCAAACUGGAACAGAGGGUUCUACUAUGAUGCUAUUCCUCCGCACAAUGGCAUGAAGCUUGCUCGACAGAUUGCCACAAUCACAUACCGCUCUGGGCCCGAAUGGGAACAACGCUUCGGCCGUCAGAUGCUUUCCGAGCAGGAGAAGAAUCUGGAUGAGAAUGGAAACCCUGGCGUCCCAAGGCUGAGCCCGGAUUUCUUGAUUGAAACCUAUCUCGAUCACCAAGGCGAGCGAUUCUGUCUCACAUACGACGCCAACUCUAUGAUCUACAUCUCGAAAGCCAUGGACUUGUUCGACCUUACCGGCCCUGCCCUCACCUCUCUCGCGCAACGCUUCAACGACGCUUACCCCGAUCAGCCUCCGUUCCCCUUCCCUAACGACCCGACCAGCGUAUCUGCUUCGGCACCUAGAGGGGUGACAGAGGUGAAAAAGGUCAGCGAAGCAGAGCUGGAAGAGUUGAAGAAGGAGCAAAAGAAAAAGCUCGCCAAAUUCAUCCCCACUUCAAAAUCACCCCACCUCUUUGACCUCGCCGCAGGUCUCCAGAGGCUCAAGGACAUCCCCACCCUUGUUCUCGGUGUACAAUCCGACGUCUUGUUCCCUGUAGAGCAGCAGCGUGAGCUGUCGGACGCGCUCAAGCUCGCGGGCAAUGCGAAUGUGACCUACUACGAGUUGGGCGGGGUUUGGGGGCAUGAUACGUUCUUGUUGGAUGUGCAGAAUGUCGGCAGUGCUAUCAGGGGGUUCUUGCAUUGA